CCGCCACCCCGGAGACCCUGGGGGGGCCGGGCUGGAGCCCCGCGAGGCUGCAAAGUUUGUGCGCGCGGCCCCGCUGGCCCGGAGUUGCGCUCCGGACGGGCGCCCCGCGUGUUGGGGACCCGGAGGUGGGGGCAGGGACGGGACGGCGCGCCCCUCUCCGCUCCCCGCUCCGCGUCCGCAAGCUCCGAGACCCGCGGCGGGGACGUGCGUGCGGAGCCCGGCGGGUUGCGGGGCAGGUGGAGCCGGGAGCGGGAAGCGUGUGUCACCCCAAAGUUUACUGAGCGCGGGGCGCGCGCGCAGGGCGGCCGCAGGUGGCGGGGCGCGCGCGCCGGGCGGCCGCAGGUGGCGAAGCGCUGUCGCUGCGGGGGCCGCCUGCGCCGAGGGGCCAGGUGCGCGGCCCGCGGGCGGCGCUGUGCGCGCGGGGCAGCGGGUCGGCCGGGAGAGCAAGAGCCGGGUCUCCACCGACGGGGGGCGGGGAUGUGGCGGAGAAAUGGGGAACAAUGCGAGUGAGCAACUUCAGGAAGUCAUUGUGAAAGAAAGCUGGGAAGAGCUCCGCGGCCAAGUUAACAGGGCACUCUAACAAGUGCCUGCGCGGCCCGCGCCCGGGGCGGCGACCGCAGCGACAGCCCCUCGAUCCCCGCGGAGCGCAGCGCGGCCCGGGCGGGACGCUCUGAGGCGCCGAGGCGGACGACCCGGGCGAGCCCGGCAGGGCGGAGGGAGCCCCGGCUCCGAACGAGGUGGCUGUUCGAGCCCGAGGAUCAGUCUCGGCCCCCAAAGCGCGACGCGCAGAUCCACUGGUUCCACCUUGCUCUGAGCCCCAGUGGAGUGUGAAGGUGGUGGAGGAACCUCUCGGGAGGAGGAGGAGGAGAAGGACACGGAGCCCCUGGGUCCUCGCAGUCUGGAUUUGUGUGGGACAGGCAGCUCUCGCUUGGCCUCAGGGCCAGAGGUGGUUGAUAACCUGAGGACAAUGGACGCUGAUGAGGGUCAAGACAUGUCCCAAGUUUCAGGGAAGGAAAGUCCCCCAGUGAGUGACACUCCAGAUGAUGGUGAUGAGCCCAUGCCUGUCCCUGAGGACCUUUCCACCACCUCUGGAGGACAGCAGAGUUCCAAGAGUGAGAGAGUUGUGGUUGCAUAUGGGGCUGAUGACUUUAGGGAUUUUCAUGCAAUAAUGCCCAAAUCUUUCUCUCCCAGUAAUGUUAAAGUAGAGACUCAGAGUGAUGAAGAGAAUGGGCGUGCCUGUGAAAUGAAUGGGGAAGAAUGUGCGGAGGAUUUACGAAUGCUUGAUGCCUCAGGAGAGAAAAUGAAUGGCUCCCACAGGGACCAAGGCAGCCCGGCUUUGUCAGGAGUUGGAGGCAUUCGACUUCCUAACGGCAAACUAAAGUGUGAUAUCUGUGGGAUCAUUUGCAUCGGGCCCAAUGUGCUCAUGGUUCACAAAAGAAGCCACACUGGGGAGCGGCCCUUCCAGUGCAAUCAGUGUGGAGCCUCCUUCACCCAGAAGGGUAACCUGCUACGGCACAUCAAGCUGCACUCUGGGGAGAAGCCCUUCAAGUGCCACCUCUGCAACUAUGCCUGCCGCAGGAGGGACGCGCUCACGGGCCACCUGAGGACGCACUCCGUCAUUAAAGAAGAAACUAAUCACAGUGAAAUGGCAGAAGACCUAUGCAAGAUAGGAUCAGAGAGAUCCCUUGUGCUGGACAGACUAGCAAGUAACGUCGCCAAACGUAAGAGCUCUAUGCCUCAGAAAUUUCUUGGUGACAAGUGCAUGUCGGACAUGCCCUACGAUAGCAGCGCCAGCUACGAGAAGGACAACGAGAUGAUGAAGUCUCACGUGAUGGACCAAGCCAUCAACAAUGCCAUCAGCUACCUGGGGGCUGAGUCCCUGCGCCCGCUGGUGCAGACGCCCCCGGGCGGCUCCGAGGUGGUCCCGGUCAUCAGUCCCCUGUACCAGCUGCACAAGCCCCCAGCCGAGGGCACCCCGCGGCCCAACCACGGGGCGCAGGACAGCGCCGUGGAGAACCUGCUGCUGCUCUCCAAGGCCAAGUCGGUGGCCUCGGAGCGGGAGGCGUCCCCGAGCAACAGCUGCCAAGACUCCACGGACACCGAGAGCAACACGGAGGAGCAGCGCGGAGGCCUCAUCUACCUGACCAACCACAUCACCGCGCACGCGCGCAACGGGCUGGGGCUCAAGGACGAGCACCGCGCCUACGAGCUGCUGCGCGCGGCCGAGAGCUCGCAGGACGCGCUGCGCGUGGUGAGCGUCAGCGGCGAGCAGAUGAAGGUGUACAAGUGCGAACACUGCCGCGUGCUCUUCCUCGACCACGUCAUGUACACCAUCCACAUGGGCUGCCACGGCUUCCGGGAUCCUUUCGAGUGCAACAUGUGCGGCUACCACAGCCAGGACCGCUACGAGUUCUCGUCGCACAUAACGCGCGGGGAGCACCGCUUCCACAUGAGCUAAGGGGCCCGGGGCGCGCCUCGCCCUCGGCGGCAGCGCCCCCUGCUGCACCGGAGGAUGCUCUGUUCCGAUUCAUUAUUGUUUUUUUUUUUUCCCCCUUUGUUUUCCGUUUCCUAACUUGGUUGGUUUCGGGUUUCAUUUGCU